CUAUGGGCAGUGGAUUGGUCCAUAUUUCUUCGAAAAUGAAGCCAGCCACGAUAUUACAGUCCAUGGGGAACGCUAUAGAGCCACGAGUAAUGAAAUUUUCGUGCCUGAAUUGGAUAAUAUUGACACUUGGUUCAUGCAAGAUAGCGCUACAUGAAAAAUCUCAAAUGAAACAACGACCCAAAUUGAUGCAAAAAUUGGUGGGUUGGAGUUUAUUUUAGCCAACCUCGGACGUCACUUGUCCAAACUAAUUUUAAAACAUAAUAGAAAAUCCUUAAUGCUAAAUUUUUGGCAUUUGAUUUCUUCUUAAAAAUCACAUAUUUAAAAAAAGCAGCCUUUAUUAUAACAUUCGGUAUUAAUGUGAAGAACAAAGAUCUUGGGAAUUGAAAAAAAUACUUUUCCCCAUUUUCAGUCAUUCAAUGUCAUUUUAAUUGGAAGCAGGAAGCUUGGGUGAUCUCUUCGGCAGUUAAAGCUAUUUUCUUUAUCUAGAGCACCUCUUCUCACCGCCCAUCAGUUUAAAACCAAAACUCAAAAGACAGGGUGUCACAGAUGAAUGAAAAUAUAAUCAAUUUAAUACUCUACGAGCAACUUUGCUUUUUUCCAGCUCUUUCUCUCUGUUCUUUACAAUGUCACAAGUUUCAAAAAUCAGUUCAAAAUCUUUAGUUUUUAUUUUCACAAUAUUUCCAUUCCACAAUUUUUGAUUCAUUUAUUUUAUAAAAUGAGAUAUUUCUAAAACGAAGAGACGAUUUUAAAUGCAUACGAAUCAAGCGCGGUUUAGCAAAUUCAGUUUCGGCAGCUGUUUUGAAUCACCAUUCACGCGUAGGCAUGAUGAAAGAGCCGAAACAGCGACGGCCACUACAACUACGGCCACCAGCACGACAGGCACAUCGAGGCGGCGACAACCACGUAAUUGUGAUCAUGCGCGAUUGGGACUCUCUUGUGAACCGGUCAAGCUGAAUGUCUACGAUAUAUUACGAAUCAAUGAGCUUUCUUCUUACAUCGGCCUCGGUGUCUUUCAUUCGGGUGUCGAAUUGUAUGGCACCGAAUUCGCUUAUGGCGGCCAUCAAUUUCCAUUUACGGGUAUUUUUGAAAUGUUGCCACGUGAUUAUGCGGAUCUGGGUCCGAAUUUUCAAUUUCGCCAAACAGUGCAGUUGGGCUGCACACAAUUCACCAACGAGCAGGUGUAUCAGAUUGUCGAGGAGCUGGGUCAAAGAUUCACUGGCAAUUCAUAUCACUUGAUACACAAUAAUUGCAAUCACUUCUGUGAUUAUAUGUCGCAAUUUCUAUGCGGCAAGGGUAUACCCGGUUGGGUGAAUCGUUUGGCAACAAUUAGCGGUUAUGUGCCGUUCUUGCAACGUUUAUUGCCACGCGAUUGGCUGACGCCACGUAGUACGCUGCACGAGAGUGUUACCAUAUUGGAUAACAGUAAUGCGACUUCUUAUGCGAAUGUGUUGAAUAAAGAGAAAUGAAUUUAAUAAAA